AUUAAUCGAUUAUUAAUGUGGCUAUUAGUAUUAAAUUAUAAAAUUUAAAUUUAAACAUAAUUAUAAAGAUGUAACUUGAACAAGUAGCAACAAGAAAUGAGCAAAAUAGGAGAUAGGUUUCCUUGCUAUACGCCUUUUUCAAUAGGCUUUUUACCAUGUAAACUCAUCAAGUGUACUCGUAUUGUGAGCUAAGAGUAUAACAAGAGGUACUCUCACUGCCAGCUCCCUCUUUUCCUGCUCCUUUAACUUCUUAUCUCACUUAUCUAUAGCUCUCAUUGUAGUGCUCACGCUUGCUAUUGCUCUUUGCUUCGCAUCUCUCAUCAUCUUUUUUUCACUCCUCUUUAGUCCUUACACUCAAGUAUUAUCUUAAUCAUUACGAAUUCAUUUAUAACAAUUUUAAAUUAACUCUGCAAAUAGUUUCACUGUUUUUUACCACCUUUACUUGUACCACUUAACAUUUGAUCAUUGAUUUUCACUCCAUGAUAAUGUUUCUAAUUUUGAUUUACUUGUGAUUAAAUUAUUUCACUGACUAUCAACUGGAUCAACCAUCAAACCAAUCAUCCAACAAAUCAUGUCCGUUGACAGUAUUGACGAUACCAAUGGUGCCAAUGCCAAGGUUACAAUUAAAUUCAGUGUUUCGGAUAUUUUAAAGCUUCCCUCAAAUAAACAAAAGUCAGCCGAUUAUCCCGUUAAACCAUAUCAAGGAUCGCCUUCAAAUUCACCUCCACCUCAACCGUCAUCAUCAUCACCUUCCCAUGAGAUCGCAAUUAAAUCAGAGGAAAGUCCAUCUUCAUCAUCAACUCCUUCAACUAGUAAUUUCACUUCACCUUUAUAUUACUAUGAAAAUCCCUAUUCAAGGUGGUUACCUUCAACUGAAAAACAUUUACACCAUUUCACCUCUUCAUUGGCAAGUUAUACUAGUGUUUCAUCUUCACCGGGCAAACCUUUACUACCCAAUGUUCAUCACCUUCAACACAGCUUGCAACAACAACAACAACAGCAACAGCAGCAACGUCAACAGGCAAGUUCACCGGAAAGUUUAAUGGAUGAAACUUCAGACAAUUCAAAUUUAUCCAUCGACUCACAUUCAAAUAUAAUGAGUUCAAGUCAACAAGAGAGUCGCGAUCAUCACGACAUUGAUACUUGUGAUUAUCCAAAUAAACUUUCUGAAAGUGUUAAACAUCAUUCGACCUCGUUGAACGGUGAUUCAAGGCAAGGUCAUCAUCACCAUCAUCAUAAAAAUGGAUGUGACCCAAGUUCAAAUGGAAGUGGUGGAAUGGGUGGUUCAAGUUCAAGAGGAACCAAGAAGCGUAAACGUCGAGUUUUGUUUUCCAAGAAUCAAACCUAUGAACUAGAGAAACGCUUUUGCCAACAGCGAUACUUGUCAGCUCAAGAGAGAGAAAUACUUGCUUCAACCAUUCGAUUAACACCGACUCAGGUCAAAAUUUGGUUUCAAAAUCAUCGGUACAAGACGAAGAGAGCUCGUCAAGAGAAGGGUCUUGAUGUUGUUAAUUCAUUGCCUUCUCCUCGUCGUGUAGCGAUACCAGUGCUUGUUCGUGAUGGUAAGCAACUUCAAGGUUCAUCAGGAAACCAUUCAAAUUCACCUUCAAUGAAAAGUGAUCUUUCAAGGUGCAACUCUUUUCAACAUUUAUCAUCUAAUCCAGGAUCUAUGAAUGGUAUAACAAGCUCAAACCAUGGUCACCUCGGAACAGGCAACUCUCAUCUUUCUUCAUCCAACUUUUCACCUUUGACCGCUUCCCUUAAAGGCUCUUUCAUCAACCCGUUCAGUGUAAAUAUAAUGUCUUCUGCAGCAGCAGCCGCUGCAGCCGCUGCCGCAGCAGCUUCAGGUCAUUCAUUGAUUCACCAUUCACCCUGGUUCUGACCUUUGCAUUCAUAAUGUUGAAAGGAUAUAAAUAAAUAUAAAUACGGAUAAAUAGAGGAAUCAAAUGAAAACUCGCCUUCAUGCAUUCCAAGUCAAUGUUUUAAUGAAGUUGAAAAUAUAAGAAUUUUGGGUUUACCUAAUAGUUGAACAUAUUUAAAACUAAGCAAAGUCUGCGAUUCAAGUUUCAUCAAUUUUUAAACGCAACAUUCUGAUUGAAAUGGAUUGGAGAUGUGAAUAAUGAAAGGCAAAAAUGAUCACCAUUUGCAGGGAAUAGUGCCUUAAUUGUUCCUCAAUAUCAUCAAGGAUCACCAACUAUUAGUAAACAACAAAUGAAUAUAUUUGACUCUGUUAAUUUAUUGAACCCUUUUUGUCAAUCACCAUCAUUAACAUCAUCAUCAAUAUCAAUAACCAGGAUCAACUCUUUACUCUAGUCAAUCCUUUAAUGUAGAGAAACAAAGUUAAUAUUGUCAAACAAUUAAUCACCUUUUACAAUGCGAUAACCAAAAUGAAUGCAGCUCAAUGACGAGGAGACCUGCGGAACUCAUCAGAACUGUUUGUGUUUUUUGUCUUAAAACCCUCAAAUACUCAUAUCAAAUAUAAUCAAAAUCCUUUGACCAUUUAAUAACAAAGCAAACUUGAAAAUAAAUCUGUAACUGCAAUUGAAUGGGAUUGAAAAACAACCAACAAAUAAAAA